AUGUCAUAUCCAAGUGGUCAGAUUUAUACUGUUUAUAAUCCAACAUCUUCUAUUCCAAUGUCUUCUAAUAUCAUAACACAACAAUCCUCACCAACAGUAAUAGCUCAACAACAAAUACAACAGACAAAUCAUCUUUCAUUUAAUCAACCAUCUAACAUUGCACACUAUUAUCAACCGACAUCACAAACGCAAACAUAUCUCUCACAACAGCCAACAAAUAGUAAUCUCUUAUCAAAUAUACAACAGCCCCAAGUAAGAGUAUGUCGUCCGUCAUUUUCGGGUCUUCAAAUAGUUAAUAGUUCAACAUCGUCUACCUUUCCAAUGUUGUCAAAUGUGAAUAUAAAUCCAAAUUCAUCAAGAAACAAUCAGCUAUGGAGAGUAUCAAAUCCGCAAACAACAUCACAAAGUCAAUUAUCAAUAACAACAACACCAACAACUGUAACACAUCCUCAAAAUAAAAUUAUUUACAUCAGUACACUACCAUCUUCCCAAUCAUCGAAUAAUAUUCAUACGACGAAUAUUUUGCAACCAGUUAAAAUCAUUUCAUCACCACCCAACCAGAUUAUUUCAACUGUCAGAACUGUUAACAUUCUAAAUCAAACUAAUAAUAGUAUCCAACAACAAUCAACACCAACAUUUACAGCAGUGUCAAGUCCGUCACCAUUAUCCAAUGUAUUAACGUCAUUUUCGUCAUCAAAAUUAGGACAAUGUAUAACACCAACGCCUGUUGUCACCGGAAAUGUGGGAGCGUUAACAAUCCAACAGACGCUUCAUUCUACGCAGCAGCAAUACACCAACAUGCAAAGGGUCCAUUCAGUGAACAACUCCGAACAUGUAAUGAAUUCGAAACCAGUAAACAGUCCAACUGAAAUGGAGGAGGAGGAAGAAGAAGAUGAGGACAGCGGCGAUGAAAGCGAUCUUGAACAAGAUACCGAUGCUGGAGAUAUGAUAGUAACAACAUUAAACCAACAGCAAACAGAAACUAAAAAUACACAACUUGGACAUUCAGCUUCAAUAGUUGAUGAUCCAAAUGUUGAUGACGUACAGCAAGAUCAAGAAAUAGAAUUAAUUGUCAAUAAUGUUGUUAGUUCAUUUUCACUUGGAUGCAAAAUACAACUUCGAAAAGUGGCUAUGGAAGGAGCACAUGUCGAAUAUAAGCGUGACAAUGCGAUGGUUAUGAUGAAAAUACGGAAACCAUACUGUUCAGCCAAUAUAUGGGCAUCGGGCAAAGUGACAGUGACCGGCUCUACAAGCGAAGACGAUGCUUUACGUGGUGCCAGACGAAUAGCACGAACAAUACAACGAUUGGGUUUCAAAGCAAAGUUUUGUAAUUAUCGUGUUGUUAAUGUACUAGCAACAUGUAUAAUGCCAUUUAAUAUUGAUAUAGUAAAAUUAAGUCAUGAUAAUUCACUUUGUGUCAGUUAUGAACCGGAAAUUCAUCCCGGCGCAACAGUCAGAUUAAAAGAGUUUAGUUCUACAAUGAAAGUGUUUACAACUGGUAGUAUUACACUAACAGCUCCAUCAGUUGACAACGUUAAUUUUGCUUUAAAUGCGUUUUAUCCACGCUUAUACGAAUGUCGAAAACGAUCGCUUGCAUCAAGAUCAAUGGAUCGUCGAAAUCAACAUCAUUGA